AUGGCCGCGUACUUCUUACUGGGCCUCUACGGGAGCACCCUGGUCUAUCGCCUUAUCUUUCACCCGCUGAAUCGCUUUCCCGGUCCUUUGGCGGCGCGCAUCUCCGAUCUGUGGUUGUGCACACAGCUUGGCGGCCAUGACAUGCACCAUCUCAGCGAGCGUCUUAGUAAGCGCUACGGCGAGUUUGUGCGCAUCGGCUCGUCGACGCUCAUGCUCACCCACCCCAAGGCUGUCGCCGCCAUCUACGGGCCUGGCAGCCCGUGUCGCAAGGGAACCUUCUACGACUUGGAGCAGCCCAAUCGCGGCAUAGCAACACGUGAUGAGUCGCUGCAUGCUGGGCGACGUCGUGUAUGGAGUCGAGGAUUUGGUGACAAGGCUCUACGCACUUACGAGCCUCGCGUCGCCGCAUACGUGCACAUGCUGCUUGGAAGGCUUGCUGAUGCUCGAGGCAAACCCGUCGACAUGGCGCGCCUGGCAGAGGCAUUUGCCUUUGAUACCAUGGGUGAUCUUGGGCUUGGGGCCGACUUUGGCAUGCUGCGACAAGCUCGCACGCACGAAGCCGUCGAGCAGCUUGUCCAAGGAAUGACCAUUAUGGGCAGGAGGCUGCCCAUGUGGUUGAUGCGCCUGCUCAUCGAUGUCGCGCAGGCCCUCGUGCCCACCGCGGCCACAACGGGCUUCCUAGGCUUCUGUCACCACCACCUCGAUCGCUUCAUGGCCGACCCUCGGCGCAGCGAGCGGCCGAGUCUCAUGGCACCGUUGCUCAGUCACUACGAAAAGCAGAAUAUCGCUGACCGUGACCUCUCAAUCCUCCGUAACGAUUGUCGAUUUAUCAUCAUUGCUGGUAGCGAUACUGUGGCGGCAACCCUGACUUUUGCGUUUUUCUAUCUCGCCAAGCAUCCUGGGCACGUGACCCGUCUGCGCGAGGAGCUGUUUCCGCUCCGCGCUGCUGAUGGCACAUUUUCGCAUCAGCGAAUCUUUGACGCUCCCCAUCUCAACGCCGUCAUCAAUGAGACGCUUCGUUUGCAUCCGCCUGCCUCUACCAUUCCCCGUGUCACUCCACCUCAGGGACUCGUAGUCGCCGACACCUUCAUUCCCGGUGACAUGACCGUCUUCUCAUCGCAAUACGCCCUGGGUCGCUCUGAGGCCAUUUAUUCCAAAGCGUCUGACUUCAUACCGGAGCGCUGGUGCUCUCGCCCUGAUCUCAUCAAAGAUGGCUCAGCUUACGCACCAUUUUCUAUUGGCCAUCACAGCUGCCUUGGCCGCCCUCUUGCAUUAAUGGAAAUGCGUCUUGUUCUCGCAGAGACUUUGUCACGUUUUGACAUUGCAUUUGCCCCGGGCUUUGAUGCCAAUCAUUUUCUGCAGCAUGUUCAUGAUUGCAUGUCGUGGCACAUUGGCAAGUUAGGUUUGACAUUCACCGCAAUUGAAUAA